AAAUUUAAACACUAUGUAUAAAAACGGUCUCUUAUGCUAUUGGUUGCAGAAACUCGAACUCUGAAACUGCCACUCAAGCUUAUUCGAGCAACAAGUACAAUUAGAUUUGUAACAAACCCUUUUUCUCUCUUUAAUUUUUGUUAUUCCACUUGCGCCGAAUCUGAAGAACAAGAGAAGAACAAAAAGGAACUAACCCAUAAUUUGUUUUUGCAUGAUAUUAGCAAAACAAUGGCUACAAAUCUGAAUGAUUAUAAAAUUAUCAAGGAAGGAGAAGCUGAGAUUCUCAUGCACGCCAAAAAUGAAGUCUUUUAUAAUAAAGCACAGGUUAAUAAUAGGGAUAUAUCCAUUGCUGUUUUGAGAACAUUCAUAUCAAAAAGGAAGCAAGAGCAUGAAGCAAAUUUGUCCAAGAGAGCAAAAGGGGCACCCAAAGCACCUGAAAAUGAUUCUUCUGAAAUGGUUGUGGAGGAAGUAGAUAACAAAACUCCACCGGAAGAUCAUAAAUCAAAUGGAAAGUGUGAAUUGGAGGAAGAGAUAUCUCCCGACGAAUCGUGCACUACAAUGGACGAUUCAGUCAAGAUCAACGAAGAAUGUGAUGCUGAUGAAGAGAAAAUUGAUCAUUCAGAAGGAAAAGGACAAAGGGAGAUGAAGCCACCAAGGGUUCUCGAGGCCUUGUCGGCUUCUGGGUUAAGGGCUCUCAGAUAUGCUCGUGAAAUAGAAGGGAUUGGUCAGGUUGUUGCUGUGGACAAUGAUCAAGCAUCUGUUGAAGCUUGCAGAAGGAACAUUAAAUUCAAUGGUUCGGUUGCAGCUUCGAAAGUGGAGUCUCAUCUUGCUGAUGCUCGUGUCUAUAUGAUAACUAACCCUAAAGAAUUUGAUGUGGUUGAUCUUGAUCCAUAUGGUUCGCCUUCUGUGUUUCUCGAUUCUGCUGUUCAAUCUGUUGCUGAUGGAGGUAUGCUGAUGUGUACUGCAACAGAUAUGGCUGUACUAUGUGGAGGAAAUGGGGAGGUCUGCUAUUCAAAAUAUGGAUCAUACCCGUUGAGAGGGAAAUACUGCCAUGAAAUGGCCUUGAGGAUCGUUCUUGCUUCCAUUGAGAGUCAUGCUAACCGUUACAAGCGGUAUAUUGUUCCUGUGCUCUCUGUUCAAAUGGACUUCUAUCUUCGUGUUUUUGUUCGCAUAUACACUUCGGCAAGCGCAAUGAAAAACACUCCCUUAAAGCUUUCAUAUGUUUAUCAGUGCACUGGUUGCGAUUCUUUCCACCUUCAACCAAUUGGAAGGACCAUUGCCAAGAAUACCAGUGUCAGGUAUUUGCCCGGUUACGGUCCCGUUGUUCCUCAAGAAUGCACUGAUUGUGGAAAAAAGUUCAACAUGGGUGGUCCUAUCUGGUCUGCUCCCAUACAUGACCAAGAAUGGGUAGCUUCCAUUCUAGCAGAUGUGAAACAUAUGAAAACCAGCUAUCCUGCUUAUGAUCGCAUAUCGGCUGUAUUGACUACAAUAUCCGAGGAAUUGCCAGAUGUUCCCUUGUUUUUGAGUCUUCACAACCUUUGUGCAACCCUUAAAUGCACUUCUCCAUCUGCAAUUAUUUUCCGUUCUGCUGUGAUCAAUGCUGGAUAUCGUAUCUCUGGAACUCAUGUUAAUCCAUUGGGGCUUAAGUCAGAUGCGCCCAUGGAAGUCAUUUGGGAUAUUAUGCGCUGCUGGGUCAAAAAUCAUCCUGUGAAAGCUCAGCCAGCAGAUCAACCCGGAAGUAUCAUACUUGCAAAGGAACCUGUUCUUCAGGCUAAUUUUGCUCGAGCCGUAGCAUCUCUUAGCAAGGCUCAAGCGAAGAAAGUUGCUAGGUUUCUUCCAAAUCCGGAAAGACAUUGGGGUCCGAAACUAAGGGCAGGACGCACAAUCACUAGCAAACACGUCUCGCUAUUAGGUCAAGAAGCAAUUAAUGGAGUUCUCAACAACCAUGAAGAAGAUAAUAAUGAAGAACCUAAAAGUAAGAAGCCAAAGACUGAAGAAGAUAAUAACACCACUUCUUAGCUCCUAAAAUGAGACUCUUGAAAUCAAAUUUUCUACAUUUUUUUUGUUACAAUUGAAAUUUGAAAGCCUAUUUGUUUUCACAAAAUUUUGCAUAUAAGAGUGAGCUGAGCUAAAGAUAUCUUCUAGAUAACGUGCCUUGCUCAAUAAACCAAUUAAAGUAAAAUGUUGUGGCAUGAAUAAGGCACUUAGCAUUAAUUAGAUAUUUAAAUUUGACAAUUUGUGUUUUGGUAAUUGUAUUGUGUUGAAUGAUAUAUAUAUAUUUUUUAAAAAUUUAUUUUU